GCUCAUUCGGCAUAUUUCAUAAACUUUUGGUAACAUAUUUAUGUUUUCUUUUUCAUAUUAGUAACUUCUGCUUUACUUCAUUCUGUUACUUCAGUGUUCUAGUCACACUAUGAAUUAUUCCUCGUACCUUGAUACCGCAGAUUUUCAAGCAUUAGCUCUCCAUAUUAUGAUUGGUAUAGAAAUUCCAGUGCAUUUUCUUGGUUUUUAUUGCAUAUUAUUCCGUACUCCAAUCUCUAUGAAAGCUGUCAAAUGGGGAAUGUUAAACCUCCACAUUUGGAGUAUAGGACUCGAUUUGGGUGUCAGUUUGUUAACAGUACCAUACAUUUUAUAUCCAGCACUUGCUGGCGUAACUUUAGGGAUCUUGAGCAAAUUUGGAUUUCCAGUGUCAUAUCAAACAUAUCUAUUGGGAGUUUUGAUUGGACUUCUUGGCGUUUCAAUCGUGUCAAUUCUCGAAAAUCGUUAUUAUCUUUUGUUUGCUCGUGAACAUUGGUGGCGCCAUGUUCGUCUACCUUUUCUGAUAUUUAACUACAUAGCAGCUUGUUCAUAUUUUACUCCGGCCUAUUAUUAUAUUCCGGAACAAACAGAAGCAUUGCAGAACGUUUUUAAGAUGCUCCCAGAACUCCCACAAGAAAUUUACGAUGCUCCAGUAUUUGUCCUAGCAACAGAUUUUCGAUACGUGGUAUUCCCGGUCUGUUUUAUGACAACCCUAAUGGUUGCCGAAUCAGCUACUUUUAUCAUUUUAAUCUAUGGAAAUAUGGCUGAACGAAACAAGAAACUUUCCUUAUCUCGUCAUACUAUGAAAAUGCAGACAACUUUUCUUCGUUGCCUUAAUAUUCAAACUUCUAUCCCAUUAUUAAUUCUACUUCUGCCAAUGGGCUAUCUUGUGAUUUCUCGAAUCUUCAAAAUUUAUUGCCAAUCUGCAAAUAAUUUGUGUUUUAUCAUAAUUGCCGCUCAUGGAUUAUUCUCAACUUUUAUAAUGCUUUAUAUUCAUUCUCCAUAUCGAGAAGCUUGCUUCAGAAUAUUUUGUUCAAAAAUAACACGCUAUUCAUCAAGAUUUUCAACAGUGUCAACAGUCUUGUGA